UCAGCUUUGGAUAGAUCACAGUCCAAGAGAGAUGGAGGUUUUAAAAAUAAUUGGAGCUUUGAUCAUGCAGAAGAAAGUGAAGGAGAUGCAGAGAAAGACGAGGCAAAUCUGCUCAGCAUAGAUGACAGUGAUGGGCCUUUCAGUCCCAAUGAAGAAAGAAAGUCGCUUCGUUGUCGACCUGGCGCUAUCGGCACCAGUGGUGAUACCAUAAAAACAUACGCAAGACGAGGCAAAGCUGGAAGCUUGAGACUUUUUAAAGGGAACUCAAUUGGCCUCAACAUGAUGGGAAAUAGCAAGAAACUGAGUGAAAACGCUCAGAAUAUGUCUUGUCCUGUAACUGUGGUACAUGGUAGACGUUUUCACCAUGCGCAUGGACAGACAACCGUAGUAAAAACAGCAGCCCAAAGCAAUCUGGACCGAAAGGAAAGAAAAGAAUACCCACCUCAGCUUCAGAAAGUAGAAGCAGACCACAUUAGGUUACCGCGGUCUCAAGGAGUGGACAGUAUAAUGGAAAACACAGAAGAGUCAGAAUCAGAAUCAGAAUCUGAAAUUAAGAGAAAGGUGCAACAGAAACGUCACUGCAAUUCGUAUCAAUCUGACUUGGCUCUGUCUUCUACAAAAAAAUGCUUACCUCAGCUAAAGCUUUUGGAACAAAUUGAUUAUUCUACUGAUUGCCCAAAUUGUGGGCGGGCAAAUGAAAAUCAGACCAAAUGCCGACAUUGUGAAAGUGCUUCUCUAAAGGAUAUGCAGAGAGUCUCCAGACAAACUGUGACAUUAAAUGAAUCUAUGGGACCUUUAUCACGUUCUUCAAUACAUCAGAAUUCAACAGGGCAAAAAUCUUCAGGUACAGGGUUCAAUACAAAGAAGUUUUACAGUUCUGCUGUUGGGAAAGGCCCAACGGAUAUUCUACUGAGUAAUGAAGUUGUAGGACAUUCUAUGUUACGACAGAAUGGAAAAGUUGGUCUUAUAACUGGGACAAAAAAUCCUAAAAUUACAGGAAGCUUAAGACAGAGGAGUACAAGACCAUCUGAACUAAAUGAUCCAAUUGUUUUGUCUAGUGAUGAUGAUGAUGAGGAGGAUAGUGGCAGCACUAGGAGAAUGGAAAGCAUUUCACCUCGUCCUGCAGAUUCAGCCCGCUCCUCCCCAGCUCCUUCUACAGGAAAGGUGGAAGCAGCAUUAAAGGAAAACAGUUGUGGAAUAGAACAGAGAAUAGGUAGUAUAACAACAGACACAGAAAUUGCAGUCACACUACCAAGAAAAGCAAGAAUGAAAGAUCAGUUUGGGAACAUUGUGUCUAACACUCCAAUAAAACGUCGUAAAGUUAUUUCUCAAGAGAUUGUAACUGAAGCUGUACCUCUAAAUUAUCAAAAUUCCUGUGAAAGUGUUAUUCUGAACUGUCGAAGUAUACGAAUAGGAACACUGCGAAGAAUGGUAGUGGAACCUGUGAUUUUUUGCCUGGAUUAUAUCAAAAUACGCCUAGAAAGUCAAGAAGAAUCAGAAAGCGAUAUCCGAGAGAUUAACUUGAAAACUUCAGAACUUACCAAAUGUGAAUGGUGUAGUGUCCGAAAAUUACCAGUAGUUUUCCUACAAACAGUCCCAUCAACCUGUAGUAGCCUGAGAGAGCAACUGAAAAUGAGUAAAGAUAAUGUCUGGUACGAAUGUAAAGGAGACAGUCAAGAAGAACAGUACAUUAUUCUGAUUUUUGAAACUGGUCUUGAUCCUCAUGCAAACUCAAUAUUUGAAAAAAUAAUUACUGACAUUGGUAUUAGAAAUAAUAUUUCUGACUUCUUUGUGAAAAUUUCCUUUGAAGAAGCCAAUGGCAGGCUUGUUGCAUUUACUAAGUGCUUGGAAGACAAUUCCAAAGGAAGUCCAUCCCACAGAGAAAACAAAAUAAAAAAUGUUGCUUCUGAGUCCAAAAUGCAGCAGCGAAAUAAACAGUUACCAUAUUUUGAUGAUGAUGAAGAAAUUGGAGAACCACAUACAGUAUUUAUUGGUCCUAUAGAAAAGUUGAUAGUUUAUCCACCUCCUCCAGCUAAAGGUGGUAUUUCUGUGACCAAUGAAGACCUCCAUUGUCUAAAUGAAGGAGAAUUUUUGAAUGAUGUUAUUAUUGAUUUUUAUUUAAAGUAUUUGGUACUUGAAAAACUGAAAAAAGAAGAUGCUGAUAGAAUACAUGUGUUCAGUUCAUUCUUCUAUAAACGCCUUAAUCAAAGAGAAAGAAGAAAUAUUCAUGAAACUUCAAACCUUUCAAUACAACAAAAACGACAUGGGCGAGUAAAAACAUGGACACGGCAUGUUGACAUUUUUGAGAAAGAUUUCAUUUUUGUUCCCCUUAAUGAAGCUGCCCACUGGUUUUUGGCUGUCAUCUGUUUUCCUGGUUUAGAAAAACCAAAUAUGAACCAAAUCCCCACUAUCAUGAAAAUGCUACAACACAGAUAAAAUCCUCCUCUUCAGAUGGAGAGAGCAACACACCAUCUCCUUUGCCAAAUGAGUUAGAUGCACAAAACUCGCCUUCCAAGUCUGCUGCAAAGAAGACAUUGACCAAAAAGUAUAAUACAGCUUUAAUUGACCCAAACACUGAAACAGAGGACAGUGAGUCUUCAUGUUGUAGAAGAAGUCCUUGUAGAGGAAAAAGUGCUUUCAGAAAACUAAAUCAAAUAGACAGUGAUGUGGAGGAACCUAACACUGUGGAAUCAGCAUGCCAUAAACUAGACCAUAGGACUCCGGAUGAAAAUGGUAUACAGGGUGAAUUCACAACUGCUAGCCAAUCUAUGGGUAUGUAAUUGUAAAAAUGUGCACUCUUUAAUGAAAAAUUUGGAGAUUUCACAUCUGUUACUACUUUUGCAAUUGUGUAAACUUCAUACUUUGAAAGUUUAGUAUGUGGCUAAAGUUUUAGUGCUUGCAAUGUAAAUAAUUUAUAGCCA